GAAGCUAUUGGCUGGAAGGCUUCAGGUCCUUGCGCACUGGCGGUGGACCGCUCUCAUAAACAGCGCUCACACGGACUCAACACACACACACAUCAGACAGUGUGGGACCAUGUCGCAGUUCACUCUGGGAGUUCACCUGCAGAUUCUGCUAGCUGUGGGUCUGGCCGUGUUCUGCUACUGUCUGGUUCUUGGUUGCAUCCUUUGCUGUCGCAGACGGAAGAGUGUUUCAUCUGAGGACAAGGAGGCAGUUUUCUCGUCUCCUCAUCCUGCCGAGAGGGUGACUGUGACAUUGACUCCGUCUCUGUGUACACAGCCUGUUAAGCAGCAGUAUGAGGAGUUGGAUGGAGACGUGUUGGAGUUUCCCUCCUUGAAAAGCAACUCUUCUCCCUCUGAGGAUGAUCUCACUGCACUGCCCUUUGACCCCAGCCCUACCAGAUCAGCUGAGCUGGUGCAGUCUCCUGCAGCUUCUUUUCCAAUGCGGCGCCUCAGCACUCCAGCUGUUCCUUGCUCACCCAGUAAACCUCAAAGUCAUGGCAGAGCCUCUUUGCCUUCCCUCACUAAGCUGAGUCUGGUGUCCAAAUCUCGUCGGGCGAUGGGUCGGCGAAGUACCGUGAGCGGUGAAAGUUUUCUUUACAGUGAGAGCAGUCAACUGACUGCUGGUGCUGCCAGACAUGCCAGCCAGCAGGGGGAGCCCUGUCCAUCACAGUAUGGCUCUAACUCUCUCUCCAACUCCUCAAAGUCUGCUCCUCUUCUGCAGUUCUCCCUGCUCUUCUCCUCUGCCUGUGGCACCCUGGUGGUUAACAUCCUGGGGCUCUCGGGGGCCAGUCGAAAGCGCAGUGGGGUGUUUGUCAGAGCCAGCCUUCCUCCACUCUGCCCCUCACCGCAGCAGAUCGCCUCUCGGCGCCGUAGCCUCAGCCCAGACCUCCACAGUCAGAGCUUUGUGCUGCAUGUGGGCUCUGUGGAAGAGCUGCGCACCUGCACCUUGAGACUGGCUGUCUACAGCAGGGACUUCUCAGGCCUAAGAGAGUCUGCCCUGGGCGUGGUGGAGCUGCCCUGUGAGCAAAUGGAUUGGAAACCUGACAUCACCACCACCUACACCAGGCAGCUCAGCCCAACUAAAAGCAAGUUGAAAAAGAGUGUGAGUUCUCAGGAAACGUUGGGUCACAGGAAGAGCUCGGUGUGUGUCCCGCGGGCUUUGGGCCAACUGUUCAUCCUGCUACAGUACCAGACGCUGGCACAGCGGAUCAAGGUGAUGGUCCGAAAGGCUGAGAACCUGGCCAAGCUCACACGGAUCCCAGGAGCCCCAGACCACUACGUUGUCAUCAACCUGCGUCAGGACGGGAAAGUAAUUGGUACCAAGGAGACCAAAGGAAGCAGCGGCCCAAACCCUGUCUGGAACGCUCCAUUUCUGUUUGACCUGCCUCCUGGGGACAUCACUCAGCUGCCAUUGGUCCUUGAAUUCAUCAUCAUGCAGGGCCGCCUCUACACUAAGAGCAGCGUUUUGGGUCGUGUGUUGAUUGGCAGCGAUGCUUCAGAGGAGGGACAGGGACACUGGAAGGAAAUGUGCAGUCGGGGGCAAAUAGAAACAGCUCGCUGGCACCCCAUCCAAUCAGAUGUGCUGUAGGACUGUAGGACAGACUGUGGGACUGCACCAUUGUCCCUAUUCUACCUAGUGAGUGUCCCAGAGGUGGAGUUAACUUAUAGGGAGAGACAAUAUCCAGAUGGUCCAGAUGUGUAUCUACAGGGUUGUAGAGGAAGAAGCACUGACCACCGUAUGGAGGAGGGCGUGAGGAAGGAUGUGCAGCAGUCUUCUCCAUACCAACAGUAUUCUGCAUCCCUGCAUUGCCUUUGUGAUUAUUUCCACUGUGACUUCUUAAAACUGUAGUCUGUAUCAUUCUGGAUGUACUGUAUGCAAUUUGUGCUGAUGUUGUAGUACUGUUUGUGUUGUGCCCAGAGGCUGCAAAUGUAAAUGUUGCUGGAUUUUCAUAAAUCUGCAAAGUUACUGUGCA